UAUAAAUUGUAAAAUGACUAACAAUAGAUAUAAAAAUGAAUGACAAUUUAUAAGAACUGAGGCACUCUCGUACGACUCGGUCCUUUAAGUUAAAGGUGUUCGGCGGUAACACGGUAAAGCUUUCAAACCAUCGGUCAUGUGAGCCCUUCCGAUGAAAAGUAGCCACUUAACUCGUCAAACGCCAAUCCACGCCGAUCGACCCGAGGGGACCGGCACGCCUCGCUGCACAAUGACAAAGAAUUCACUAAUAUUCGAACAGAUAUGACAGUUUGCGUUACACAGCAGGCUUGUGCCUGCUGAACUAAGGGCACAGCCCGGCAAAAUAUUUAUGCUAUUUUAGUUCCAUUUUGUUUUGUUAGGUUUUGCCGGGGCUUUGUCGCCUAUGCCUAUUUAAGGUAACUUAGCAUCCCAGAAUUUAUUGAUCGCCACAAAUUAUCUUUUACAUCUCAUUUGAGGAAUUUGAAGCAAAAUAAUUAAUUGGUAAGUGGCAUUUCCAGCUGUAAAAGCUAUCCUUCUUAUAUCAAAGUAUGUAUGUAUAUGUGUAAAGAUAAUGUAUUAUAGAUAAAUUACAUCCAGACACAGAAUUAAUGAUCGUGCACAUCACACAAAUAGUUGUAAUGGCUAGGAAUCGAACCCACGAUCUUCGGUAUAGUAGUCAGGGCUACUGACCAUCACACCAACAGGCCAGUCGAACUAUACGUAAAUUAUAAACAGCAGUAAAUUAUUUUUGAUCAGACAAAUGCCGUGUCUUCAAUACAUACUCUUUGCCAGAAACAUACCUCGUAAUAUCAUAAGAUAUUAGUAAGAAUAAGUCGCGAUCCAGUCCAACGAACUCGCUUACUUCGAGACCAAGUUUAAUUGACUAGAAAUCAUUGCUUUUAACGCCUCCGUGCCAUAAAUAGAAUGUUUUAAUAGACAAACACUCUUGAAUCCACAAAAAAUAAACUGUUCUUCGAAAAGGGGCUUUAUGAAAUUUGUAUUAAGUAUAUUUUGUCACGUUAUUUCUUGAAAAAAAUGGAGGACCUUUGAUAAAACACGUGUAAAAGAAGACCUUACAACAUGAAGGUGAUAAUUCAAAGAAAAACGCGUAAUAAUCUUAUAAGGGCGUUCGGACUAAUAUUUCUUUGUGCGAACAACGUUCACUGUUUCUUUGACAUCCGAGAUGUGACGUCAGAUGUUAUGACGCGGCUGCCUGAAGAGUUCUCUGUUGCUGUUAAGGAUAUCGCAGAAGGUCUGCCGACAAAAAGUAUUACUAUCGUGAGGGGUAAUUCUACAAACAUCGGAUCAAACGACAUAUUCGAACUGUUAUGUUUGUUAAGUCAACAUAACAUUCUGACCACUAAUUUGGACAUUGCGACGGAAGAUAACAAACAAAAGUAUUACAAGUUACUGAAAAAGGCUUUAGAUGUGUCAGCCGAGAGAACAAGCCUUAUAUUAUGUGAGCCGCACGAGUGCGAAAAUAUUUUGUAUGAGUUGACAGAGAACAACCUGAUUCACAGCAUGAUAUUGUACGUGUUCUACUGGUCGUACGGAACAGUCAGCGAGACAUUUCUGAUGACUCUGAAAGAAGCUAUGAGGGUAGCUGUCAUCACCAAUCCGAGGGAUCGAGUGUUCCGCAUCUACUACAACCAAGGCCAGGCAGAUCGUCUGAACAGCUUGACACUCGUCAACUGGUGGUCAGGCCGGCUCUACAAGUCGCCAGUGCUGCCACCUGCCGGCAAAAUAUACAGAAACUUCAAAGGAAGAGUCUUUGAGGUCCCAGUUUUACAUGCACCUCCGUGGCAUUUUGUCAAAUACAACAACGAUAACACGAUCACCGUGACAGGGGGACGCGAUGACAAAUUGCUGGCGCUUAUCGCCAAGAAGCUGAAUUUCAAAUAUAAAUACUACGACCCACCAGACAGAAACCAGGGGUCAAGCAUAUCAAGUAACGGAACCUUCAAGGGAACACUCGGUCUGAUCUGGAAACGUAAAGCAGACUUCUUCCUAGGCGAUGUGACCAUGACAUGGGAGCGUCUUCAGGCCGUGGAGUUCUCGUUCAUGACUCUGGCUGACUCAGGAGCCUUCCUCACGCAUGCGCCGGCGAAGCUGAGUGAGACAUUAGCUAUCAUCAGACCUUUUCGAUGGGAGGUAUGGCCCCUAGUAUUUGCUACCUUGUUGGUAACUGGACCAGCGCUGUGGAUAGUGAUAGCAGCUCCGUCGCUAUGGCAACGGCGGAAAUGUGAUCAGCUGAGUCUGUUCAGUAGCUGUUGUUGGUUUACUACGACUCUGUUCUUGAGGCAAUCGUCUAGCAAAGAACCGUCGAGUACUCACAAGGCUCGUCUCGUAUCAGUUCUCAUCUCCCUCGGAGCGACCUACGUCAUCGGCGAC